AUGACGCCCCUGACGCCCCCGCGUCGAGCGCGCCGCGCGUCCGCCGAUGCCGCGUCAUUACAAAUCGCCGCGCAGUCCGCCAAACAGCCAUGUCCUAAUCGCGCGCGCGGGGCCGCCACCGCCACCGCCGCCAGGGCCGCGCGCCGCGACGGAGGGGACGAGGUGAAAAAUACGAGCGCGCGGGCUCUUCUCUGCUUUCUCCUGCGUCCGAUCGCGCGCGCCGAGAUCGCCCGCCCCCGUCGCGGCCUUCAUCGUCGCACGUGCCCACGCACCCCAUCUCCGCUGACACCACACCCCCCCCGCACUUCCCGAGCACAGAACGCGCCGCCGCGUAAGCGUCGGAGCCCGGGGAAACCGCUCGAUCGGUCCGCGAACUUCGGGCUGUUCGCUGUCGCACGUGACGACGUCGCGCGUCGCGAGUCGCUCACCGCCGCGGUGAUUGAGCGCAACUGGGAAGACGUCGCCGCGCUCGCGGAGCGUACGAAUCAUCUCGCUGACGACCUCGGCGUCGUGGCGACGCGGCGCAUCGCCAAGACCUUCGUGACGCGUAUCGAAAGCGCCGCGCGCGCGGCGCCCGCCACGCGCGCGAAAAAAGCCUCGAGCGAUGUUAAAUCUUCGGUGCUCGCCCAAAGGCAACAAGUGAUACGUGACGUCACCGGCGACGACAUCGAAGGUACGACUCCGCGCGUGUGCAUCUCCUCGCGCGUCUCCUCACUCCUGCGAUGCUGA